GGCUUAGUGUGUGACUCAGUGAGUGUAAGCUUUUGUGGCUUGUUCCCCACAACUGAGUGCACAGGAGCAACAGAUACACACACGAUUAAUGAGUGCUAAAGAAUACUGCAGUACGACUUCUGUCUGGAGAACUGGGUUCUAAACGGCUUCCAUGCUUCUUCUAAUAAGCACGUUUUCCCUCUGGAACAUGGUUGUAUGCAUCCAUCUUGCCCUCCGUACUGGCUCCUGUUCAGCAGCCCUCAGGAGAGACGCUCUGUACACCUCUGCAGGAAGAGAUUAUGUGACAAAGGGCAGCGACAACGCAGCCUGAGCCUGAGUUCAGCAGACCAGCAGAGACACCAACUUCCCCGUACACACUUCCUCAUCGACCGGUUGGCACAGGAGGCUGCCGGCUACAGCGAGGAUGAUGAGUGUUCUUCAACUGAUGAAGAUCGAGGUUUGCGCUCUCAGAGCAGAGAACGAGCCAAAUUAUUACUGCUCCAAGAGACUCAGAGGCCUGCGUCCCCAAACCCUGAUCCACACCAACAGGAACCCCAGCAGCUCUCUGAAGCACAUGAGCAGCCCACCAAGCCUGAGGUCCUCACGACCUCGCAAAAAACACAGCUCCGGGGGCUCCAGUGUAAAACGAAACAUCAUCACACAAAAACCACAUGUCACACACUCAAAUCUCCAGCCCAGACCCUCAUCAGCCGGCCCACAGACCUCCACUCACCGCCAUCUGUCUGCUGUGCAGGCUGCUCGUCCACGCACUUGUGAUGGAGCUCAUCGCCCAGGCUCGGACUCUUCGGUGGAGUUACUCUAUGCUCUGAGUGAUGAAGAGAGAAAGCUGGUGGAGAUCAUCACUGCUGAGGGAUACACACUCCGCUCUGCUAUCUCGGCUCUUCAGCGCACUGGAACACGCAGUGCAGACCAGAUUCUGAAUUAUCUGUUGGCACGUGAUCGUCUGUGUGCAAUGGGUUAUGAGAAGACUCAGGUGGAGGAUGCUUUGGAGAUGUUUCAAAACUGUGAGAGUAAGGCUACAGAGUUCCUGCGACUGCUGGCUCAGUUCUGUGAAAUGGGCUUCCAGCAGAGCACCAUUAAAGAGGUUCUGCUCUUACACAACAACCACCGGGAGAGAGCCCUGGAGGAACUCGUGGCCCAUGACACCUGAACGUUCUGCAAACAUGGGGGAAAUGUACAGGAUUAUUCGUGUUGCACUUUUAUCUGUGUUCUAAAUUCUGAUUAGUUGCUUUUAAAUAAUUAGUAAUAAGAAGAUGAGAAUAAUCCAGAUUCAUCAUCAGUGAAUAGAAACUGAAUUUACUCAUUUCCAUCGUCAUAUAAAGUUUUGCCCAAUGAGACAAAAUACUUUUUUUGUUAUUUAAUAUACACCAUUGGGAUAAAAGUAUUGGGACAUCUGACCAUCCCAGCUGUGUGUGUGGUUCCUCCUCAAACUGUUACCACAAAGUAGGAGGCACACACUUAUUUUGGAUUUCUAUAGAAAUGUUCCUUUCUCUUGAACUCAGGAGACCCAAACCUGUUCCAGCAUGACAUCUCCUGCUGUAGAGCUUUAACCCUAUUGAACCACGCUCAAUAAAGAAUUUGCAAUCUCAUAUUUUUUUAUUUGAGCAGGAUUCAUAUCAGGAGAUUGUUUUGCACUUUUUUUCCUUAAACUAAUCUUGAAUGAAUGUUUGGGGUCAUAUGGAACAUCAUGUUUCCUUCCAUGACAUGCGGUAAUGUUUGCAUGGAAGCAGCCCGAUAUAGUGCGCUCCCACCACCGUGCUUCACUGGUCCUGUUAAAAAGACACAGCAAGCUGAAGUAUUACCAGAGGUGCCAGUUUGUUUUAUCAGACACUAUAUUGUUGUAAAAUGCUCAGAUUUUGCAUGAGGUAUAGAAACAGAUGAUUGCAGUACAGUUUAUUGCUUAUUGUUCUCUUAUUGUGCUUUCCUGCUGCUUUCAGGUCGUCCUGCAACUCUGUUCAGAUGAUGCUCUGCUUUUUGAUCAAUGGCUUUUUUCUAAUCGUUAGUCAUUAUUGAUGAUUUAAAGAUGGUUGUGGUUCACCGAUAUUCACUUGAUUGCAAAUACAAUUUCUAGUAUUAGAAUUAGACCCUAAAGUUUAUCCCUAAUGAGCGAGCCAGUGGUGACUGUGGUACAGAAAAACUCCCUGAGAUAGAAAGAGCAUCUGUCACAAAGAUACGAAAGUCACAGCAUGAUGAUAUACAAGGAAAGAUAAGAAGAAGAACUCACACAAACCAGGUGAAUUACUGCUGGUCGAUUAUUUAAUAAGUGGUGUGGAAUAUAUAUAUAUAUAUAUAUAUAGCGUUUUACUCUGUCAAACCAUAACUGUAUAAUGUAUGUUGUUGAUUUUGUCAAUUUAGUAAAUAAAAUGGAACUUGAUUCAUUUCUUAUAUUUAAAUUUCAUGCUAUAAUCAUUAAAAAUAUUUCAUUCCAUGAAAAAAA